CUGAGGCGCUGGCUAUAUUGCAGUACCGUCAUCAAUAUGACGAUUGAUGACCGGACGCCUUCGACGAAUUCCCAUCUUGGGGGUCUUCGUAUGUGUGAAAAUGCUUAGAAUUGAGUUGAUGCCGUAAAGGUGGACCUGGCCCCCGGUGCGUCGAUUUGGUUGCAUGGAAUGUGUUUCGACCGGACUUUAUGUAUCACUUAUGACCUUUGGAGUGCAUCUUCAUCCUUGAAUUCAAAUUUGAAACCUGUAUUGAUGCAAAUUCGUACACCCAUUUCAAUCAUUGCAACCAAACAUUCUGUUCAAGCUUCAAGUUACCAGAUAGAAGUAUCAUGGAUCCCAAGGGCAAAAUUGGCGGACACGAAGGAGUUGUUUCUUUCAACUAUGGCCUCUUUUGGCCUUGGUCUCAACACGUUUGACGCCUCAAAUACAUCCAUUUCACACAGAUCCAACAGGAGAUGCUUCAACUUCAGACAUGAUCAGCGCGCUGCCCUGAUAUACUCGAAUCGGACAAUUGAAGGGGGACCCACACCUGGCGGUACAAGCCCAGAAUUGAUUAACAGCUAUCUCAACCAUAAGAUCACGAGUCAGGUCAACCUCAGAGCCGAUGGGAUGUUACUCGAGUAAGUUAAAUGGUAUCCCUCUGCCUCGCCCCAAAAUUGCAGAGAACACAGAAACGGUGGGAGAAUUGUUUCAAGUCUUUUGCAGUUGUCGGGAAAGGGAGAGACGAAAGAUCAGAGAGGCCAUAGCUGAUGAAUCCGACGACCAAGAG